CGUAGCAUGAAUAUGAUCGAUAGUGCUAGAAAAUUAAAAAAAGCGCUACUGGUAAAACAAUCGACAGUGAGUGUACAUUUGUAAUCAACAUAACAAAGCUGGUAGCGAUUCAUAUCAAAUACGAGAACAAAUCCAGUGAUCGCAAUCAAUUUCUCUUUGCCGCUUCUUCAGAUCAACUCAAGCAUCAUUAAUCUCCUCAACGUGUACGAGUAUUGUGCAAAGAAUAAUGAUCAAACAACUACAACCGGCUUCUCUGCAAUUUUACAAAAAUGUACUCAGAGCGAAUAGUCAACCACAUACUACUCAUUAUUUGGGGCGUUGCUUAUCCACACAACCCGCAGAGUUUAUAAAAUCGCACAACUUUCAUCCCGCGCACCUGCACCACAUCGGCAAGACCCCACUGAUCUAUCGGAGUGUUGGUCAGGAGCUGGAACGCGCCGCAGCUGAAUAUGGCAGCACGGAAUCUAUUGUUUCAUUUCACGAACAGAAGCGUUACACAUUUCAGGGACUCAUCGAAGAGGCCGAUCGUGUUGCUGCCGGCUUGCUGAAGCUUGGCUUAAAACAAGGCGAUCAUGUGGGUAUUUGGGCGCCCAACAAUAUGCACUGGUAUCUGACACUGAUGGGCGCAGCACGCGCCGGUUUGGUGUCGGUUGGCAUAAAUCCAGCAUUUCAAGGACCCGAAGUGGAUUAUUGCCUGAAGAAGGUUAAGGUGAAAGCUCUGAUAAUGCCUGAAACAUUUAAAAAACAAAAUUUCUAUGAGAUUAUAAAAAGUAUUUGUCCAGAGUUGCCAGACCGCGUUGAUGGAAGCAUCAACAGCACCAGCUUGCCUCACCUGAAACAUGUCAUCAUCGACACAGACAGCAAAUUGAAAGGCGCGCUGAGUUUUGACCAAUUACUCGGCCUGAGCAACCCAGUCGAGCGUGAGGCUAUCUCAAAGCUACAGCACCGCAUAGUACCAGAUAGCGGCUGUAAUGUGCAAUUUACCUCUGGCACCACAGGUCGACCGAAAGCGGCUGUGCUGUCCCACUAUAAUUUUGUAAAUAAUGGCACGCAUAUCGGUAAUCGUAAUUUGUUGGACAGCAAUUCACGUAUCUGCGUACAAGUACCCCUCUUUCACGUAUAUGGCGUUGUUGUCACUGUUAUGGCUGCAAUGACACAUGGCAGCACAUUGGUUCUGCCAGCAGCCGGUUUCAGUCCCGCCGACACGUUACGCGCCAUUGUUGACGAAAAAUGCACUGUCGUCCAUGGCACACCCACAAUGUAUGUGGAUCUCAUCAAGAAGCAGAGAGAGUUAAAGUUGCCAUUGAAGACCGCACAGAUGGCUGUUACCGGCGGAGCGCCAUGUUCACCACAACUCUUUCUGGACAUUAAGAAUGUUCUUGGUUUGGAGCGUAUCCACACCGUUUAUGGUUUAACAGAAACAACAGCAGUCGUCUUUCAGACGAAACCAGGUGAUAGUAUGGAACGAAUCUUGAAUACUGUUGGUCAUUUACAAGAUCAUGUGGAAGUGAAAGUAGUUGACGGCGAGGGGCAUACGGUACAGUUCGGUGAACCAGGUGAGCUGUAUGUGCGUGGCUAUGCUACUAUGUUGGAAUACUAUGACGAUGAAGUGAAGACAAAAGAAACUAUCGGCAAUGAUAAAUGGCUGAAAACAGGCGAUCAAUUCAUCUUGGAAUCCGAUGGUUAUGGGCGCAUUGUGGGACGUCUGAAGGAGAUGAUCAUACGUGGAGGAGAGAAUAUUUUCCCCAAAGAAAUUGAAGAUUUUCUUAACUCUCAUCCAAAAAUCAUUGAAACGCACGUGAUUGGUGUGCCUGAUGAACGUUUGGGCGAGGAGUGUUGUGCCUUUGUGCGUUUACAAGAUGGCGUGAAGAGUAUUGCGCGCGAAGAAGUGAAGGAAUUUGCACAAGGAAAGUUGGCGCAUUUUAAAAUACCGCGAUAUGUGAUACCCAUAAAUGCAUUUCCUAGAACUACUUCGGGGAAAAUACAAAAGUUCAAGCUGGCCGAGGAAUAUAACAAAAUGCAAAGACAAUAGCUGGUAGAUUUAUAGCUGGAGAUGAUAAAGUUAGUUGGUAUUUGUUGUGCAGCAUUUUAUGUACUCCUACAUAAUAAAUCAAAAAUAAAGUAUUUCAAUGAAAUUCGCGAUAGGCUUCAAGCUUUCCUCAAUUUGUU